AUGGCCGCAGUAAAAGUUCGCGGGUUUUUUCAACGAUGCGGGCAGAAAUUCAAGGAAUAUAUCAAAAAUAUGGCAAACGAUUAUAAAACGGUUGCAAUGGAUACAGUGACAGGAUGUAAAGAACGUCCGUUAAAAGCAGCGGUGGUAUUUAGUGGACUUGGAUUCAUUGGAUAUGCUUAUAAAACAAAUCCUUCUGAAAUUUCACUAAAACAACAUUUAUGCGAACUGAGGCAACGUAUGGUUUUGGUGCCACAAAGUGAACAUAAUCCGACAACUGCGUCGACGUUAACAAAUCGAAAUUUCCUGAUCGCUCAAAAUCGUCUACAUCAUUAUAAUCUGUGGUUUUUCUCACUUCUAUUAUCAACGAAACAAAAUGACAAUGUAAGUUGUUCUUUGAUUCGAACAAAUCACGAAUAUAAUUAUUUUUUCAGCUGCGUGUAUAUUCCUCCCAAGAUCCUAAUUUAAAAGAUUGGCCAUGGACAGAAUUUUACAAUAGUAUUGUUGAUGUUGGUUAUCUUGGAAGAUGGCAUAACCUGGAUUCCGCAUUUGUUGAUUAUGAUAUUAAUACGGAUGAAAUCAAUUUAUUACCCGAUGAUAAUUAG